AAUUAGGGAACUCAAAAGACAAAAGCAAGGGAAGGCCUGCACCUCCCCCAUGGCUUCUCCCUCUUCCCCUGCUCGCCCUUCUCCUCCUCCUCGAACUCCCCUCUUCACCCCUAUUUUGGAAAACGAGAAAGGGCGAGGAGACGGGGAGUUGGCGAUAAAAGAUGAAGAAGAGACGACGGCUUCCAGGCCCUACAAGAACCAACCUACACCUCUCCCGUCCUCCAAAUCGACGGCUUCCAAGAAGCUGUCCUCCACAUUCAACGGCGCGGCUGAAGGCGACGGCGACGACCCCUCGGUUUCCUGCACCAACUGCCGGCCCUCCGCCCGGGAGAAAAUCUCCAUCGUCCCCCUCGACACCAACCGCCUCAAGCAUCCCUCCUCCCUCAGUCCCUCCCCCGCCGGGCUCCUCCGCUCCCUCUUCCUCUCCAUCACCCGCCGCAGCCCCCGCUCCCCCUCCUCCGCGGCCGCCCCCUCCUCCUCCUCCGCCGUCUCCUCCGCCGCCUCCUCCGCCGACGAGUGGCGCCUCACCGCGGAGGAGCUCUCCCGGAAGCUCGUCCACGCCACCCGGAAGCGCGACGAGGCUCUCCUCGAGUCCUCCCGAAUUAAGUACUCCCUCUCCGAGCUGGAGCGCAAGCUUGGCCGGCUAGAGUCCUACUGCCACGACCUCCAGGCCGCCCUCGACCGCUGCUCCUCCCCCAACCCGGUUCCAUCCCCGACCGGGUCCGCUUUCCCGGUCGAGCCCUUCAUCCGGGCCGUCUCCGACGCACGCGCCGCGGUCCGCCACCUGAGCCGCUCCCUCACCGCCCAGCUCCGGCCGGACCAGGUCGCCGUCCUGCUACAUCCCCACUCCACCGGCCAGUGGCGGCGGAAGCCGGGCGGCCUGCUCUUCUACAUGGAGGCCCUGCUGAACCGGAUUUUCUACGCGGGGUUCGGCGAGGGCGAGCCGGACGAGGCUGUCGACCCCGCGGCCCGUUGCGAGGCGAACCAGGCCGCCUACGAGGCGGUCCGGAGGAUCGGUUGGGGCGAGGUUCUGAGCAAAGGAACCCGGUUCUAUAGCGAAGGCUUGAGCCGUUUUUGUGACCGGAAGAUGAGCGAGGUGGUGGGGUUGCUCGGGUGGGCCCGGGCGUGGCCGGAGGCUCUGCUCGAGGCGUUCUUCGGGGCGGCCAAGGGGACGUGGGUUGUGCGGCUCCUGGCGCGGUCCGUGCACCCGGCGGUGCCCGUACUCAGGGUGGACCGGGGGGUCCGGUUCGACCCACGGUUCAUGGAGGACAUCGCGGCCGACCGGGUCACCCGGCUCGAACCGGUGAGCGUGAAGAUGAUGGUGGCCCCCGGGUUCCACGUGUACACCAGCUGCUGCGGGCUGGUCAAGUGUAAGGUGCUGUGUGUGUACAGUAACAGUUGUAAUAGCUACAGCAAUAAUGGCAGUAAGAGCGCUUGUAAUAACAGUUUUCUACAGCAUAACCAAGAGGUGAAGUAUGGGAAGGUUUGAUUAUUUUGCUUCUAAGGUUUUUAGAUGUGAAGGGAAAUAAAAUAAAGUUUGUAUUUAUGUUAA